ACCAAUGCACCAAAAUUUUGUCCCCAAAUUUUUGUCCGUUGUAUAGGUCAGGUUCUGUGUUGAUGGUGUUCCCGAACCAUGGUCACUCUUGAACUGCACAUCAAUGGAUUUUACACUUCCAAGACCAGCUUCUGAAAACCCUAAUUGAUUAUUUGCCAUUCGAUUUGAAUAAGUACUUUUGGAAUUGGAUUGAGCAAUAGCAAUCUUCCAAUAUCAGGAAUCAGUGGAAAUAAAUGGAAUCGGACGAAGACGAUUUUGUUUUCUACGGAACGCCGAUAGAACGCGAGGAAGAGUUAACCAGCCGCAGAAAGAAGGCCAUUGCCGAGUCCUCUGGUCACCUCCGAUCCCUCCCUGCUUGGAAGCAAGAGGUUAGAGAUGAGGAGGGGCGGAGAAGAUUCCAUGGAGCUUUUACAGGAGGUUUUUCUGCUGGUUACUAUAAUACAGUGGGUUCAAAGGAAGGGUGGGCACCUCAGUCAUUUAAAUCAUCCAGGAAGAACAGAGCUGAAUUCAAAGAGCAGAACAUAUUGAAUUUUCUAGAUGAAGAUGAGAAAGCUGAAAUGGAAGGUCAGCUUUUGGGGACGUCUUCACAGUUUGACACAUUUGGUUUCACAGCUGCUGAAAUUGCUCGCAAACAAGCUGAGAAGGAACAGAAACAGAGGCCAUCCAUAAUUCCUGGACCUGCUCCUGAUGAAAUAGUUGUUCCAGCUACCGAGUCUGUUGGGGUAAAACUUCUCUUGAAGAUGGGAUGGAGUCGUGGUCGCUCAAUCAAGGAUUCACAUGCUGAUGCACUGUAUGAUGCCAGAAGACAGGCUCGGAGAGCUUUCUUAGCAUUUUCUUCAGAUGAUCCGAAAAUGAAAAUUUCCAAGUCUGAGCCUAUCAAGGAUGAUAUUGACAAUUUUCCUGAGCAGCCUGUGAAUGAUGAUCAGUUCUCCAAGAGCACACCGGUUUAUGUACUCAACCCAAAGCAAGACUUGCAUGGAUUAGGUUUUGAUCCUUAUAAACAUGCUCCUGAGUUUAGAGAGAAAAAACGAUCACGCUUAUCCAGUAAGAGGGGACAUGGGUACAGCAAAAACAUUUCCUCAAGAGAUAGUCUUUUUGGUUUCAAGUCAGGAAAGGCUGCCCCUGGUUUUGGCAUUGGAGCACUUGAGGAACUUGAUGCCGAGGAUGAGGAUGUCUAUGCCAAUAGUUAUGAAUUUGAAGAUGCUGUUCAAGAAACUGAGGAACCUUCAAUGUUGAGCAUAGAAAAUCAGAGAAAGAAAGAGCAGAAGGACAAGGGCGAUCUGCCUGGUUUUAGAGUUGCAUCAAAUUCUGACUAUAAAAUGGAAAGAUUUGAGGCUCCUCAGAUUCCCAAGGAUUUUGUGCCCCGCCAUGCCUUUUCUGGACCUCUUGACAUUAACCGCAAGAACUAUGAACUCCCUCCACCAGAUGUUUCUCCUCCCGAGGAUAGCAAUUUAAAACUAUUAAUUGAGGGUGUUGCUAAUCUGGUAGCUAAAUGUGGUAAACUAUAUGAGGAUUUAUCUAGAGAAAAAAAUCAAUCAAAUCCAUUGUUUAAUUUUCUGUCUGGAGGAACUGGCCAUGAUUAUUAUGCAAGGAAAUUGUGGGAGGCACAACAGAAAUGCAGUAAUCAAACUAAGCAGCAGUUGGAUGGAAAAAUGCCUCACAGUGGGCAGAGGUUGUCAGCUGAGAGUCGGGGCCAGAUCUUAGGAGAAAAACCUCUAGAAAGAAGCUCCCAAGAUGCAUCCUCAUCUGUUGCUUCUACAGAUGUUCAGCUCCAAUUUAAUCUCACAGAUACAUUUACUAAGUCGGUAUCAUUUAGUGAGUUAAUGAAUGUUGAAAAGCCUUUCAAAGAUGAUCCUGCAAAGCAAGAAAGAUUUGAGCAGUUUCUUAAGGAGAAGUAUAAAGGGGGAUUACGCACUGCAAGUGCUAGUUUAGCUAGUGAUAUGUCAGAAGCUGCUCGUGCUCAAGAGAGACUAAGUUUUGAGGCUGCAGCGGAGGCAAUAGAAAAGGGGAAACAGAGCAGGGGAAGCAAGCCUUUAGUUCCAUCUUCCAUGGAUUUCAUCCCAGGUGGUGUUAUGCAGUUCACUUCUGGUGAAGUCGAGUCAAAGAAAGACCUGCAAGCUGAAGAUUUAUUGGGGAAGAAAAUGUACCCUAAGAGGGAAGAGUUUCAAUGGCGUCCUUCACCUCUUUUGUGCAAACGCUUUGAUCUUAUUGAUCCUUAUAUGGGAAAGCCACCACCUGCUCCACGGAUUAGGAGUAAGAUGGAUUCCUUGAUUUUUACAUCAGAUUCAGUCAAAGGCACCAAAUUGGACGUGCCUGUUACUUCAAAGAAAGACACCCCACCUUUGCAACAAUCUACUCAUAAAGACGUAACCAAAAGUAUUACUGAAAAUGAAACUGAAGGGGAUGUGGAAGUUGAAAAUAUUGAAAGGCCAAUUGACCUAUACAAGGCUAUUUUCUCUGAUGAUUCUGAUGAUGAAGGGGAAGACUCUAGUAUUAGGAUGGUGGAUAAUCAAGAAAAGAAAGCUGAAGUAGCUAAUACAGCAUUGAGCCGUCUGAUUGCUGGUGAUUUUCUGGAAUCAUUGGGCAAGGAACUAGGCCUUGAGGUUCCUCCUGAUAUGCCUUACCCAACACAGAAUUCCAGGAAUGUUGUACCUCAGAAAGAAAUUGCCAAUGAAGAUGGAAGAACUGACAUCCUGAAGAGUGAAAAUAACAGUGUGACGUCAUUAAAUCAUGAUUUGCCAAAUUAUCAGGACAUUGCUCAUGAGGGGGAUCCAUCAAAAGGUGACACCAUUCAUGGAAAUAUGCAUGAUAGUAUUAAUAUCAAAACCAAGGCAACCAGUAUUUCAGACAGCAAACGCGGCAAGUCUGAUGGUGAGAGUAUUGAAGAUGACAGGAAAAUUAAAUCACCUUUAAUCGACAGCAGAGGCUAUAGCAGCAACUCGGAAGAGGAAAGGAGCAGAAAGCGAUCUAACAGGGAAAAAUAUGAAGAAAGGAAAAGUAGAACACCUUCAACACAUCGCCAAGAUUAUAGCAGCAGUUCUUCAUUAGAAGUGGAAAGGAGCAGAAAAAGUUCCAGGCAUCGUCGACACAAAAGGCAUGAUGCAGGAAGUGAUUUAUCUAAUGAUGAAAGGGAUAGACACCGUUCGAGGUCAAAAGGGAGAAGGAAAGGUUCUUCUCAAGAAAAAAACAGUGGAAGUAAAAAACACUCAAAACAUCACAAGCAAAGAAAGCAUGACUCUCCAAAUAGAUCGUCUUAUUAUAGCACAGAGAAGGACAAUGCACAUUCCAAAAAAGAGAAAAGGCGGAGGGAAUAAGCGAGAGAAUUGUUUCCUUUGUUAAAGAACUUGGAAUUAUGCUGGAGGAUCGUUGCUGUAUUAAAAGAUGUUACUACGUUUCGAGGUUUUGAUGCUGAGGUGCACCUUAUGGAUUUAAUUUCUUAAGAGCGAAACUCAGGCCUCUUAUUGUAAUAGGUUGCUUUGUUCACUGCCUCGAAGUAACGCUGCUUAAUUCAAUUCCCCUACCCUAUCGUUUCUUGGAUGUGAGGAAAUGGAAUUGUUACCUGAUUAUUUGGACUAAAAGUUAGGGAGUCCUGUACCAAAACUAAAAACUAGUUGGGGGUUUAGGUAAUGCUUGGUUCUAAGGUUACCCGUUAGGACUCGUUUGGACGUCGGAACUAGAAUUGGAAUUGACUCAGAAUUUUAAAUUUUAUGUUUCACUUUUACAAAGAAUUUGGAUAUAAAAUUAAAAUUUUAAAUUCAAUUCCAUUGUGAGUGUACGAUCUAUAACUUUAAAAUAUUGACACUAUACACACACACAUAUAUAUAACUAAAAUAUAUUCAUGACUAUCAAAUGAAUUACUAUCAUUUAAUAUAAAUUAUUCAAUUAUUUU